CCACCUAUAUAAUUCCCCCUCCUCCCACUUCGUCACCAUCAAAGCAAAUCAAGAAUCCAACCAAAAGCAGUCCAAUCCAAGGAGACCGAUCGAGAUCAGCCAAGCGAGAGAGAGAAUGGAGGGCAGGAUGUUCGGGCUGGAGACCCCGCUGAUGACGGCGCUGCAGCACCUGCUGGACAUCCCCGACGGCGAGUCCACGGGCGGCGUUGGCGGCGGCGCGGGCGGCGUCGAGAAGCAGGGCCCGACGCGUGCCUACGUCCGCGACGCGCGCGCCAUGGCGGCCACCCCGGCGGACGUGAAGGAGCUCCCCGGCGCGUACGCGUUCGUGGUGGACAUGCCCGGGCUGGGGUCCGGCGACAUCAAGGUGCAGGUGGAGGACGAGCGGGUGCUGGUGAUCAGCGGCGAGCGGCGCAGGGAGGAGAAGGAGGACGCCAAGUACCUGCGCAUGGAGCGCCGCAUGGGCAAGUUCAUGCGCAAGUUCGUGCUGCCGGAGAACGCCGACAUGGACAAGAUCUCCGCCGUCUGCCGCGACGGCGUGCUCACCGUCAACGUCGACAAGCUGCCGCCGCCAGAGCCCAAGAAGCCCAAGACCAUCAACGUCCAGGUCGCGUGAGCUCGCCCCUCCCGUGUGGCACAUCGUAUCGGAUCGAAGCUGAGUGGAUAGUGUCGAGAACGAGUUCCCGGACCCCGGUGAUGAGUGAUGUGUCUCUGUUUUUAAUUUUCUGCUUGCUUACUGCGUAGUACUCCUGGUACGGUUUAUCUGAGGUUGUCUUGUCGGUUCGCAAGGACGGUGGUGAUGGUUUGCUGUUUCGGUUCACCUGCUUUGCCUGAAUAAAUGUAUGAAUCUCUUGGCCAUCUUUUAUCUGAAAAUUAAGAAGCGAGUUUGCGGGUUAA